CUUCAAUGUAAACCCAAUACAGCUCAGCAACAUAAAUUGUAAAGUGCGGGAACGUAAAAGCGCGCUGGAGGAAAUGUUGCUGGGAAGUAACUUACAGUUUUCUCGGUGGACUUUCUUCAAACACCUUCCGACACGAAAAUUCAAAUUAACAACACUGUGUCAGCACAAAUUCGUAGCCACUCUCCCCCACUUCGCAACGCUAAACUCCCACAAGAAAAAUCAGAUUCAUCUCUACGUCGACACUCUUCUUCAAUGGAACAAGCGCAUGAAUCUCACUGCUGUUAGAGAGGUGAAUGAUGUGAUGGAAAGGCACGUGGAGGACUCCCUCGCGAUUUUGCCUCCGCUGAGCGAUUGUUACCGCUCGCACUGCGGCUCUUCAUGCGAUAAGUUGAGUCUCGUCGACGUUGGAACUGGCGCUGGCCUUCCAGGAGUAGUUUUGGCCAUAGCUCGCCCAGAGUGGGAUGUAACGCUGAUGGAGUCUAUGAACAAGAGAUGCGUCUUCUUGGAGCACGUUGUCGGUGUUAUCGGUUCCUCAAACGUUAAAAUUGUAAGAGGAAGAGCAGAGAAUUUAGGGCAGAAUCCUUGCUUCAGAGAGCAAUUUGAUAUAGCAGUGGCCAGGGCAGUUGCAGAAAUGAGAGUAUUAGCUGAAUACUGUCUUCCUUUGGUUCGUGUUGGUGGGUUGUUUAUAGCUGCCAAGGGUCAUGAUCCUGAGGAUGAAAUUAAGAAAGCUGAAAGUGCCAUCCAGAAGGUGGGUGCAUCUCUAUUGCAAGUUUGCUCAGUGGAAUCGCAAAGCCCAUAUGGUCAGCGAACAGCUGUCAUAUGUUCAAAGGAUCGUCCUACUCCAUUGAAAUAUCCCCGUGAUCCAGGUACACCAGCUAAAGAGCCAUUGUAGCUAAGUUAAUGCUAAUUAUGUUGGCAGUGUUUUGUUAUUUUUAUUAGCCAAUCCCAUCACUCUUUGAACCAUCGAGAAUCAUUUAAAUUUGCUACCAAGAGGGGCUUGUAGUGUACAACAAUGGUUAGAAGCUUAGUUUCUGGUGCUACGACGUCGUUUGGAAUAUGCUACAAUACCUGCAUUUACAUCUUUUUUGCCUAUGUAUAUAGAUAACGACACGGAAAUUGCAAGCUGUCUUUAUCUUCUUCACCUCGCCUGUCAUGUAUUCAUUACUCAUUUGCUCCAUGAUUGGAAUCUGGAAGCAAAUGGUUUGUGCACAUUCGUUUUCCAAACAUUUACACUACUAAACACCAUAAUUAUGAA